GGUUCUCGGGACUUUAUUCUUCUACAAAUCUCCAGGAUAGGUCUAACUCAUGUCCAGGAACAGCUCAAUUCUGGAAACCUGAAGCUACCGAAUGAAAAUAAGCUCAGGAUCAAACGGCUGUCUGAAUAUAAGAGUUAUACUCUAUGGCGAGAUCUUCAUCUGCUUUCACGUGUUCCUCAAGUGGUAGCUAGAAGUCCACAUAAUGAGCGAGGGCAAAAGCCAUCUAAAAAAUUGAGGAAUUACGUGCACCCGAAUCUCCGGCCCAUAGCAGAUGAAUUAUCAUGGCGAAUUCGGCUGUUUCAUGGUCUGGUUAUCGAUGUCGUUCGCGAGAUGCCGGGAGAAUCGCUAUUUUAUGAUUAG